UCGCCGUGACUGUCAAUGUUGCGCUGUAUCUUUUCCCAAAAAUUUCUUCAAAAAAGCUGAUGUAAUAAUAAUUUAUGAGACUAGAAAUUGUAAAUUAUUGAGUUUCUCAGUUAAAUUAAGUAAUUGCAGACCAACAUUACGAUGACUGAAGAAGAAUCGAUACUUGAUCCUUCAUUGGAUGCGACGAAGAAGAAAAAGAAGAAGAAGAAGCCUUUCGAUUUGGAAGAGGCUUUAGCCGAAGAUACUAGUGAUCAAAAUGCCGAAAAGGAGGAUGCCCGUAAAGAGGAUGGUGGAAACAAUUUCGACGACAAUUUAGAUUUAGAGAAUUUCGGCAAAAAGAAAAAGAAGAAGAAGAAGCCAUUCAAUGCAGAUGAAUUGGAGACUAAUUUGCCCGCAGAAAGUGAAGAGCCAUCCGAAGGUGGUGGCGGUAGCAAUGAAGGAGCUGGUGAGGAAGGUGGCAAUGCUGACGAUGAAAUAAAUCUGGAAGUGGAUUUCUCAAAAACAAAAAAGAAGAAGAAAAAGAAGAAGGACUUGGAUGAAUUGGUGGCGGAAAAAUUGGAAGAGGAAAUCCAGACCAAUAAGGAAAAUGCUGAAGGACAAGUCGAAGAUAGCAGUACUUCCUGGUUCGGAUCGGAUCGCGAUUACACCUACGACGAACUGUUAAAACGAGUUUUCGAAAUAAUUUUGGAUAAGAAUCCGGACAUGGCCGCCGGACGUAAACCGAAAUUUGUUAUGCGUCCGCCACAGGUUCUACGUGUCGGCACCAAGAAAACAUCGUUCGCCAAUUUUACAGACAUUUGCAAGACGUUGCACAGACAACCGAAGCAUUUGUUGGACUUUUUAUUAGCCGAAUUGGGUACCAGUGGGUCUAUGGAUGGUAAUCAACAGCUGAUCAUCAAGGGUCGUUUCCAACCGAAACAAAUCGAAAAUGUCCUGAGACGAUACAUUAAAGAGUACGUCACCUGUCAUACGUGCCGAUCGCCCGAAACUGUUCUACAGAAGGAUACACGUCUGUUUUUCUUGCAAUGCGACUCCUGUGGAUCACGAUGCUCGGUUGCAAGUAUUAAAUCUGGUUUCCAGGCAGUCACCAGCAAGCGGGCUGCCAUUCGAGCCAAAACUGCAUAAAUUUUUUGUCGAACUUUUUUUUUCGAUUUAUUUGGUAAAAUCGUGAGUUUUUGAUGGUCCACUUCCUGGAUUCGAUCGAGAUUAAACAGAAUUUUAAUUAAUACGAUUGCUGAAUGUGCAUCUCUGAUUCUGAUUCGCAUAUGUGCUGAGAUGUUUUUUAUCUAAAAUUCACGUAAAACGAAAUAAAAAUAAAAGAUUUCACAACAGA